AUGCUCGCCAACUUCCUCCCCACCGGAACACUUCUCACAUUCGAAAUGGUCAUUCCUUCCAUAUACCACAAUGGUGAAUGCACUCCGGUCAGCACUUUAAUGAUCCACGUCCUAUUGGGAUUGUGCGCUCUUUCGUGCUUCUUCUUUCACUUCACCGAUAGUUUCCGAGGACCGGACGGAAAAGUGUACUAUGGGUUUGUGACCAAUAGGGGUUUGGCUGUGUUUAAGCCUGGUCUUAAUGUGGAAGUGCCUAAAGAGGAGAGAUAUAAGCUUGGUUUCACAGACUUUAUCCACGCAAUCAUGUCAGUGAUGGUGUUCAUGGCGAUCGCGUUGUCAGAUCAUCGGGUGACCAACUGUCUGUUUCCGGGGCACGAGAAGGACAUGGACGAAGUGACGGAGAGUUUUCCAUUAAUGGUUGGGAUAGUUUGUAGUGGUUUGUUUCUUGUGUUUCCCAACACUCGAUAUGGCAUUGGCCCCCAUUCAUGGCAUGGUUCGGCAACGGUUCUUAACCACCAAGCAAAUAUACCCGCCAAAAGCUCCAACUGUAAUUGGAAUGUCGAUUCGGAUUUCAAAAGGCAACAAUGCCUCUCUCUCCUCAACUCCUGCUCUUCUCUGGAUCAGCUCUUUCAAAUCCAUGCACAAAUCCUAAUCGCUGGUUUCCAGAAAGAUGAACAAAUUGUAGAUAAAAUCAUCCAAUUUUGCGCACUACAUCCCUCGGGAAGCUUGAAUCACGCAAGACAAGCUAUAAAACAAUCCGAAAACCAAAUACCCUCUUCGUGGAACAAUCUCAUCAGGGGCUACGCUACUAAGGGCGAUUCACCAAGAGAAGCCAUAUGGGUUUUCCUUGCAAUGCGACGUUCAAGAACCAGACCCAAUGAGUUCACUUACCCAUUUCUUUUCAAGGCUUCUACUACAUUUUCGGGGCUCAAAGAAGGGCAACAAAUCCAUGCGGAUGUUUUGAAGCACAGAGUGGAUGAUGAUGUAUAUGUGCAGAAUACUGUGAUUCAUUUUUAUGGGUCUUGUAAGAAGAUUGUACAUGCAUGCCGGAUGUUCGAUGAAAUGUUGUUUAGAACUCUUGUUUCUUGGAAUUCAAUCAUUUCUAGCUGUGUUGAUAACUUGUGGUUCUAUGAAUCGAUUAAGUACUUUGUCAGGAUGAAAAAUUGUGGGUUAAAGCCUGAUGAGACCACGAUGGUAAUUCUGCUUUCUGCUUGUGCUGAGCAUGGAAACCUGAACUUGGGAAAAUGGGUUCAUGCCAAGUUAUUGAGAAAGGGUUGGUUGUAA